CACAGCACAUGUUUAUAUGCUGGUUGUGAUACUCCUAGUUGCUACUUUCAAUGUCAAAUGCUUUUGCUUAUGAUCCAAGUAUAGUUAGCUCUUUUACUUUCAAUUGACCUUUCAGUCUGGGUAUAUUCUAGAUGCUUCCUUCUACAUAAACAAAUACUUAAGCUAAUCCACAUGUCAAAUACGAUAUUAGCUGAUCAAGCUAGGCACAUUAUAGAUCACACACUGUGACAGCAAACAGGGUGCGUGCAUGGGAGCUAUCCAUCUUGUGAAAUUCAGCUGUAUCAUCAUGUUUGGUCUAUUAACAUGUUCUAAUCUCAAGUCAAGAUCAUAGUUUCAUUUAUUAACUUAGAGUUGAAAGAAAUUGCUACCAUGUCAGCUGUAGGGUCAUGCCGAGAUAUCAACAGCAAUCUUAUAUCCAAUGGAAAAUACUUUGUGCCGUCAGGCAAGAAUCCUUGUCUGCAUUGUAAGUGUGUAUCUGGACAGCCUCAAAAGUGCGUCGCAACGAAAUGUGCAGUGCCAACAUGCCCAGAUUACAAGGCUGUAGAUGGACAGUGCUGUGAAUAUACCUGUCCUGAAGAGAGAACUGAUGGCACACAGUUGGCAGUAAUAAUCGGUCUUUCUCUUGGUCUACUGAUUCUGGUCAUCUUGUUGAUUGUGGUGAUUGUCAGAAAUGUAAAAAAGAAUCGUGGAUAUAGAGCAACCAAUCAGAAUCUAGAAGAACAGGGUGAGCAGCACAGGAACAAUAACAUAAUAGCCACACCUUUAAAUAAUCGAUUACCAGCAAUACGAGAGGAACAACAAGAAAGAACAUUUGAACCUCCUCCACCUUAUACGCCUGUUCGCAAUGUCAACAAAUGUAAAACUCAACACCAGCUCCCAAAUCCACAGGUCAUCCCCAAUGAACCACCUCCACCUUACGAGAUCCAGAGGAAUCUCAGAGCAACGACUGUAUAGAAUGUAUAGAAUACAAGGAUGAGAAAAAUACUCAAUUUAUAUAUCACUGUUCAAAGAUGUUGUCGAUGGAAUGGUUAUGAAAAGACUCGAAAAUUUUGCUUUUGAAAUCAUUUUGAUUUUUCCUAUUGUGCAAGCCCUCCUUCUUUAUAAAUCACAGAUGGAAUUAUUGCUUUGUAGAGGUGCAAACAUCUUUAUGUACGUGGUAAAAUAUUGUACAGCAACCAUCAUCAUGGUGACCAGACUUGCAUUAUACCUAGAAGACCAGAUGUUAUUGCUUUGUAAAGGUGCAAACAUCUUCAUGUACGCAGUAAAACAUUGUACAGCAACUAUCUUCAUGGUGAUCAGACUUGCAUUAUACCUAGAAGACUAGAUGUUAUUGCUUCGUUCAGGGGCAAUCAUCUUCAUGUGUCCAGUAAAAUAUUGCAACACAAGAUAUACAUAGCAACCAUGGUGACCAGACUUGUAUCUAGAAGACUAAAUGUCAUUGCCUUGUAAUACAUGGAGCAACAAACUUCAUGUAUCCAAUUUACAUGUAUUGUACAGUUACAAAAAAAGACUAGCUUUUUGAAGAAGCUUGACAAUUCAAAAGAAUAUACGUUUAUAUUACACUGCAGUUGAGCAGUUAUGUUCAUUUAUCAAGUUCAGGGAAGUACUUCAAGACAACAUGAUCAACAGGAAUCUUCCCUUUCAGUAAAAAAAAAAGUUCAUUGAUCGCAUGUAGUUUCAAAUGGCAAUCAUCUUCAUGUAUCAGUGCACAGAUUACAGAUUAAGUCUAAAAGGGUGCRUCCAAGGUAUGGAAUAUAGACCYYCYCGGCUCUGGAGCACUCWAGCUUAAUGUUGUCCYAUUUCAGAYCACRUGUSAUUCCCUCAAGAAUAAUAUUCUUUGUUUGAGAUGUAUCCAUAUUCAACCGAGCAACUGAGCGCAAACCUUAAACAAAGAAAUGAUACUCUAGGGAAUGACACGUGGUCUGAAAUGGGACAACAUCACGUCAGAGCCGAGGAGGCCUAUUGACUGCUGGAUAGCUUGAAAGCCAACCACACUGUUUUCCCUUUUCAGAGCAUGUAUCAUUCCCUUGAGAAUGAGAUUCUUUGUUUGAGUUGUAUACAAAGAAGUAAUAUUCUAGGGAAUCACACAUGGUCUGAAAUGGGAAAACAUUACACUUAAGUUCACUGCUGAAGUUACUGUUACACAUUGGAAUGAGUCAAAAGUGUCUUAUUGACAAUAUAAACCACCUAAUUUUCA